AUGGCGUCGUCAUCUGCGGCAGCGGGGCUGCUGGCUCGUCAACUCAAGCAAAUGCAAAACGAUAAGAGUAUAUCAGGCAUAAGCUGCGGUCUGGUGGACAACAAUGUGUUCGAGUGGGAGGUGAUGCUGAUGAUCGACGAUGACACAAAGUUCUACGGAGGUACAGAUCCAGACAUGGUCUUCAGAAGUUACAGCUCCAGAGGUUUCUUCCGCGCGCGCCUCACCUUCCCCAGCGAAUACCCGCUCCUCCCACCAAAGAUGCGCUUCGAGACACCCAUCUUCCACCCUAACAUCUACCAAAACGGCGAAGUAUGCAUCUCGAUCCUCCACCCACCCGAAGAAGACAAGUACGGCUACGAAUCCGCAGCAGAACGCUGGUCGCCCGUCCAAACACCCGAAACGAUUCUUCUGUCAGUUAUCUCCAUGCUGUCGAGCCCGAACGACGAGAGCCCAGCGAAUGUGGAGGCGGCGAGCUUGUGGAGGGAUAAUACGCCCGAGUUUAAGAAGAGGGUGAGGAAGUGUGUGAGGGAUAGCUUGGAUUACGAGUGA